UAAAUAAAACUAACUACUUCAUCAUAUCAUAAAAAGAUAUAUAUAAUAUGGGUUCUCUGGGAAAUGGUGAAUUCAAGAAAGCAACAAUGUGGUUGUAUCCAAAGUUCAUGGGUUUUAACCCUUCUGAAAGAUGGGGGCAUUCUGCUUGCUACUCUAAUGGCUUUCUCUAUAUCUUUGGUGGAUGCUGUGGUGGUCUACAUUUCAGUGAUGUUCUUGUGCUAAACCUCGAAACCAUGGCUUGGACCAAUAUAGCGACAACCGGUGCGGGCCCUGGUCCAAGAGAUAGUCACAGCGCAGUCAUAGUAGGCCACAUGAUGAUCAUUUUUGGAGGAACAAAUGGCACUAAGAAGGUCAACGACAUUCACAUUUUGGAUCUCUUGACUCGUGAAUGGACACGACCGAAUUGUAAAGGAGUUGCUCCAACCCCCCGAGAAAGUCACACCGCAACCAUGAUCAGUCACGAUCGAAUGGUAAUAUUUGGUGGCAGUGGUGAGGGUGAUGCAAAUUACUUAAAUGAUUUGCAUGUAUUGGACCUCAAAACAAUGAGGUGGAGUUCGCCUGUACCAAAAGGUGAUAUUCCCGUCCCCAGGGAUAGUCACAUUGCGGUUUUUGUAUGCAAUAAUCUUUUUGUCUAUGGUGGUGAUUGUGGGGAUCGUUACCGUGGUGAUGUUGAUGUUUUUAAUGUCGACACAUUGACUUGGUCAAGGUUUGUUGUUCAAGGAGAAUCACCUGGGGUUCGAGCAGGACAUGCUGCGGUCACUAUCGGGACAAAGGUAUAUAUGAUUGGCGGUGUUGGUGAUAAACAGUACUAUAAUGACGUUUGGAUACUUGAUACGAUCACUUGUUCUUGGACUCAACUAGAGGUACACGGUCAACAGCCACAAGGGCGUUUUUCCCACACUGCGAUUGUCACGGACUCUGACAUUGCCAUUUACGGAGGAUGUGGUGAGGAUGAACGGCCUCUGAACGAACUACUGAUCUUGCAGCUUGGAUCAGACCAUGCAAAUGACCGAUACAACAACUUUGGGUGCACACUGUUAGGAAGUCAAUGCAGCAAAGAAAAACGGCACUUCUUACAUGAACAUCAAGCCAGCAUGAGUCAGUCGUUGCCAUUCAGUUCAGAUCCAAUGCAUACCAAGAGAAGACGAAUGUCAAGUUCAAAAGCUUGUGAAUUGAUAGAAUCAGAACCAGAAGAACAUUCGCUUUCUCUCUCACAACAUUCAUCUCCAUCACACUCUGAUCAAGAAAGAACACUUGUCAAGAUACCUUCUAACUCGUCUCCUCAAGUUUUGCCCUUGUUUAAAAAUCAAAAUCAAAAUCAAAUUUCAAGUAGUUGCAAACAAUUUCAGGGUACCCUAUCAAAUGAUAUAACGAUUCUUAGUCGAACUUCACAGGAUCCACAUUUCGUUCAAGAACAAUCCAAUCACUAUAAAAACCAUCAAAAUAACCAUGCAAGUCGAGUGGAUCACAGAAAUGUUGAGCCAUUGCGUGUUCAAAACUUGAUUGGGGCAGAAGUUCAUGGCAAGGUUGAUGGAGCUUUCGACUCAGGUUACUUGAUGACUGCAACAGUCAAUGGUCGAAUCUUUAGAGGAGUCUUAUUCCCUCCUGGUCCUGAAGUUGUUUCAAGAGGAGCUAUUCGUGGCCAUAAUCGCAGAUCUCCAACAAGCCAUGUGUCUCAAAGAAAUCUACAUAUAAACCGGGCUUUCAUUAGGCACUCAAACCAUGCACCAGAAGCAAGUCAUCAUCAUAGCUACAUACAAGAUCGUCAUGUCAGACUGCCUUCUCCGAGGGUCAGAUCAAUUCCGGCUCUGUCAUUAGGGAGAGAACAACCCAAGGUUCAUAAUGAACUGCAGGGUGUGGUUUUAACACUGGGCGGUCCGGGGAGCUGUGGGCACAGUGGCUCUUAGAGCGAAUAAUCAGAUUGUUUCGCUCCCAUUUUGUAUAGUCUAGAUCAGCCAGCCUAAAUUUCGUUAUUCUUGUGUAAAAUCUUUUCACAGUUUAUGGAACAAGAUUUUAGAAAUUUGUAUGUUAUUCUUUUUCAUU